GAUUGUGCGCAAAGGAAAUAUGACCUACCUACAUCACAUGUGAAUAGAUCACCUCUGUCACAUAUUUCGUUGACCCCGUUAUUGACACCACGUGACACCACGUGACACUUCAUGUCAGCACGCUACCAGACCUGUCAAGAUUUGGUGAAGACAUCAGGCAAAGAAGAUGCUGAGAAAUAGAUUGCUGCUAUUUGUGAGCUGUCUUGUGAUUGUUGUUGUGAGUGCAGAGAGUGCGUUUGAUUUCUUCACAUUUUCUCAACAAUGGGCUCCAUCAGUAUGUAUCGAUGUAUCUUCAGAGCAUCAGUGUGGUAUUCCAGAGGCGGUGACUGGAUGGACAGUCCAUGGCUUAUGGCCCAACAGUCGCAGUGGUAAAGAACCCAGUGACUGCAACAGCUCAUGGCCAUUCGACUUCGAUAAAAUUAAGUCGUUGGAGACCAACCUGACUGCACAAUGGCCUAACCUGUUUACUGAUACAGCCAAAAACGACUUUUGGUCACAUGAAUGGGACAAGCACGGCACCUGCGCCACCAGUCUGCCGGCCACAGACAAUGAGUUUAAAUACUUUAGUGCAGCCCUCCAACUCAAUAAGAAGCUUGAUUUACAACAGGUGCUGAAGACAUUUGAUGUCAUCCCAUCUAAAAGCACUGGCUACAAGGUAACGGAAGUCAGUGAUCUCUUGAAGAAAUAUUUUGGAUCAACUCCUGUGAUGCGCUGCUCAUACCAAAAGGCGACAAAGAGGCAGUUUUUCAUGGAGAUUGAGAUAUGUGUUGACAAAUCCUUCAAGCUGAUGGAUUGUGACUCCAAACUCCUAUCUGCCCAGGCCAACCUGACCCAGGCUGAAGAAUGCCAAUCUUCUGAAAUAACCUACCUCUACCCGCUUCCUACAGCAAAUUCCAAUAAAAAACAUUAAGUCUACAUUUCCCAGAAAUAGUUUAUUUUUAUAAGUUUCAGCGUAAAAUACUUCACAUGAAAAAAAACCCAUUUGACACAUAUUUGUUCCGGUGCUAGCUACGUAAAGUUCAGUAAUACAUAUAUACUACUCAAAACAAUUCUUUCAUAUUACAUUAGUUAACCUCAUAUAGUUAAUUAUAGCAUUACAGAUUAACUGUGGUAAGAUGAAAGACUUGGGUGCUCUUUGAGUAGCCUUAUCGAUGAACUACAUUAAACUGUUGGAUUCUUAAAAGUUA